CGUGCGGGGGCGCGCGCGCGCGCACACGCGGGGCCGGGCCGCGAGCAGCCGCGGCCGCCCCGGUUGCCUCCCUUAGCCACCGGCGCUGAGGACUCCGCGCCUCAGGAGGGAGCGGCCAGUGGGCCCGCAUCUUGUCAGUGGGGUUCCGAGGCCGGGCUGCCGCGGCCACUUCCUUCUGGUGCCUGGGCCGCCCGGAGGGGCCGGGGCGCGGGGGGCUGACUGGUCCUGGGGAGCUGAGACCGCUGGACACGAAGAAGGAGGUGCACGUCUGGCGGUCGCCUGGAGCCGGGAGGAGGCUGAGGGGACCAUGUCUGGGAGGAACUUCAACCUCUCCACCACCGAGCGCGUCAUCAAAGCUGUCCCCUUUCCUCCAACCCAGCGGCUUACUUUGAAAGAAGUAUUUGAGAAUGGGAAACCUAAAAUUGAUGUUUUAAAAAACCAUUUGGUGAAGGAAGGGCGACUGGAAGAGGAAGUAGCCUUAAAGAUAAUCAAUGAUGGGGCUGCCAUCCUGAGACAGGAGAAGACCAUGAUAGAACUAGAUUCUCCAAUCACAGUGUGUGGUGACAUUCAUGGACAAUUCUUCGACUUGAUGAAGUUGUUUGAAGUUGGAGGAUCACCUACUAACACUCGCUACCUCUUUCUGGGUGACUAUGUGGACAGAGGCUAUUUCAGCAUAGAGUGUGUGCUGUUUUUAUGGAGUUUAAAGAUUAAUCAUCCCAAAACAGUGUUUCUGCUUCGAGGAAAUCAUGAAUGCAGGCAUCUUACAGAAUAUUUCACCUUCAAACAGGAAUGUCGAAUCAAAUAUUCUGAACAGGUAUAUGAUGCGUGUAUGGAGACAUUUGACUGUCUUCCUCUUGCUGCCCUCUUAAACCAGCAGUUCCUGUGUGUACACGGAGGGAUGUCACCUGAAAUUACUAGUUUAGAUGACAUCAGGAAAUUAGACAGGUUUAAAGAACCUCCUGCCUUUGGGCCAGUGUGUGACCUGCUUUGGUCUGAUCCCUCAGAGGAUUAUGGCAGUGAGAAGACCUUGGAGCACUAUACCCACAACACUGUCCGAGGGUGCUCUUAUUUUUACAGUUACCCUGCAGUUUGUGAAUUCUUGCAGAACAAUAAUUUGUUAUCAAUAAUCAGAGCCCAUGAAGCCCAAGAUGCUGGGUAUCGAAUGUACAGGAAGAGCCAAACAACAGGCUUUCCAUCACUCAUAACAAUUUUCUCUGCCCCCAAUUACCUAGAUGUCUAUAACAAUAAAGCUGCUGUGUUAAAAUAUGAAAACAAUGUCAUGAAUAUCAGGCAGUUUAACUGUUCUCCACACCCCUACUGGCUUCCAAACUUUAUGGACGUUUUCACGUGGUCUUUGCCUUUUGUUGGGGAAAAAGUCACAGAGAUGCUGGUUAACGUUCUCAACAUAUGCUCUGAUGAUGAAUUGAUUUCUGAAGAUGAACUUGAAGGAGGCACUACAGUUCGAAAGGAGAUCAUCAAGAAUAAAAUCAGAGCCAUUGGGAAGAUGGCACGGGUCUUUUCAAUUCUGCGGGAAGAGAGUGAGAGUGUGCUGACUCUCAAGGGCCUGACACCCACAGGGACACUCCCUCUAGGUGUCCUCUCAGGAGGAAAGCAGACUAUUGAGACAGCCACAGUAGAAGCGGUAGAGGCCCGGGAAGCCAUCAGAGGGUUUUCGCUUCAGCAUAGGAUCCGGAGUUUUGAAGAAGCCCGAGGACUGGACCGAAUUAACGAACGGAUGCCACCCCGAAAAGACAGCCAGUACCCUGAUGGGCCAAUGAGAUUGCUGGCACAGUCCAACACUGCACACAGGAGCGACAGGGCGAGAAGAGCCAACAAUGACACAGAGCCCUGCUGUGGCACAGGUGGAUCCAAAACUUAAGAACAAAUUUUAUUUAUUAUUGGAAAACAAAACAACUUAAACAACUUAAACCUGGAGGUGCAUUCAUAUACACUUUGCAUUUAUGCUGUAAGAAAGGUGACCAUUUUAUAAAUUGUUUUUAAUUUAUGUUUAAUAUAUAUAAAAAGUGCAUUUGUUUUGUUUUUCCCUUCCUAAUUUUUAGGAACUGAUCUGAUUGUCUGAUACAUAUGUGAAGUACUACAAAGGGGACCUUCCCCUAAUAAAAGGGCCUUGGAAACCUCCACCCUGGGCUUCUGACUUGAACUAGCCAGCUUUUUCUCCUAUUCUUUUGAAAGGUGAUAUCUUUCAUUUCAGACUAAUAAUAGUUUUUCAAACACAAGAGGGUUUUUUUCUUUUCCCUUUCUACAGGGUACUAUUGAAGAAGAUUGCUUGGAUUUCACUGGCUAAAACUUCUCUUCUUAUGGAAAACUUGAUUAUAGUCAAACAUCUAAGUAAAUAACCCAAACCCAGUGAUUUUGAGGGCCAAGGAAUGUUUUCCAUAUAACCUACUUUCUUCUGGACUCUCAAUUCCUUUGAAUAUGUUCUAAUAUGUUCUAGUAAGACAAAAUAGAAACCAAUGAGAGAUUUUCUGAGAAUUACUCAAAAUCUGUUCUUCCAACCAUGGGCAUGGUUGGUUUAAAUUCCCCUUAGAAUUUUGGAGGUUUCUUAACUGUUUGCAGAUCCUUUUUCUUUCAGUUUUGAAGCCCAGGUGAUUUACCCAAGUGCAAAGGAAGCUACAUUUCUAAAUAUUUUAUAAAUGUCCUCUGUAGAACUUUCGACAGUAAGAGAUAUUUGUGUCCUUCUAUGCCAUUGUAUCAGCUAUUGUGUCUGUUCUCCCCAUUGUCCUUGUUUUCCUGUGGCAGCAAUUUAAAAACCAACUGGGGUAAACGAAACUGACUAGGGUAGAAUGAUCCCCUUAUGAACUGAAGUCUUGCUAAAGGGCUUUGGAUGAGUAAGGAUUUCCUAUUUUCUGUAUGAAUUACUGAGAUGUUUCUCCACCUUAAACACUCAUUAGGUUGAACUGUAUGUCAGUCUCCAUCAACAUAUCUUGGAAGACAAAAACAAGUGUUCACAUAGAGCGUUUGAAUAGUCUUCUCUUAGUUUUUCAAGUAACACCAGUGAGUGAAAGAAAUUUCAGUGAUCCUUGGGCUCCCAUUUUUGGUUUAGCCUGGUGACAGGUGCCAUGGCAUAAUACUCAUCCUUCAGCUUUGCAGUGAGUGUCCAUGCCUGGGCAAUACUACACCAAAGUGCACAUUUACACAAUUCUUAAUAUCAUUUGGGAUGUAGAAGUCCAGCAUUGAAGCAAGCACCUGAGAGAGUAGUACUUAAUGUUGUAAGCUUAAAGGACACCAGAAACCUUUCUAAAAAAACAAAACAAAA